AAGCACUACAUUUCCCAUGAGUAACAUAUAUAAGAGGUAUAAACCUUCGGAGGUUCAUGAAGACGUUCAUCCAUACAGUGUAGAGCUGCUGUUGGCCGAGUAUGACUGAAACAAUGCACUUACGGAGGCGAGGGGGGCCGUACAAGACUGAGCCAGCCACAGACCUGAGGCGAUGGAGGCUUUCCAAUGGCGAGGGCAGGCAGACCUGGUCUUAUGUGAAUGAUGCGGAUGCCCCACAAAGGGAGCAGACCAUGCUAGAGGCCCAUUCUUUAGGCUUGGACACGACCAAGUUUGUACCCGACUCCUCGCCUGCCCGCACAGCAGCGGACGCCUCCCUGAAAGGUAUGACCUUCUACAGUCACCUUCAGGCCGAGGAUGGCCACUGGGCAGGAGACUACGGUGGACCUCUUUUCCUUCUACCAGGUUUACUGAUUACUUGCCACAUCGCUAACAUCCCUUUGGACCAUGCCUGGAAGAAAGAGAUGGUUCGAUACCUACGGUCUGUUCAGCUGCCCGAUGGAGGAUGGGGCCUACAUAUUGAAGACAAGUCGACUGUGUUUGGUACGGCUUUGAGUUACACCUCGCUAAGGAUUCUUGGUGUCGAUCCGGAUGAUCCUGACUUGGUUCGAGCGAGGAACAACCUGCACAGUAAAGGCGGUGCGGUGGGCAUCCCAUCCUGGGGUAAAUUCUGGUUGGCCAUUUUAAAUGUCUACAGCUGGGAAGGAAUGAACACGCUUUUACCGGAAAUGUGGUUGUUCCCCACCUGGCUGCCAGCCCACCCGUCUACAUUGUGGUGUCACUGCCGCCAAGUGUACCUCCCCAUGAGCUUCUGCUACGCUGUCCGACUCGUCGCUGAGGAGGACGCCCUGGUCCUCAGCCUCAGACAGGAGCUUUAUAUCCAAGAGUAUGCCAGCAUUGAUUGGCCAGCCCAGAGGAACAACGUGUCAGCUUGUGACAUGUACACUCCUCACAGCACACUGCUGACUGUGGCCUACACUGUGCUCAACGUGUAUGAGGCCCACCACAGUGCCACACUGAGAGGAAUGGCCGUCAAAGAACUGUACGAGCACAUCGAGGCUGACGACCGCUUCACCAAAUGCAUAAGCAUUGGACCGAUCUCGAAGACGAUCAACAUGCUGGUCCGCUGGUAUGUGGAUGGCCCAUCGUCUUCAGCCUUCCAGGAGCAUGUGUCCAGGAUCCCCGACUACCUCUGGUUGGGACUCGAUGGUAUGAAAAUGCAGGGCACCAAUGGGUCUCAGCUGUGGGAUACCUGCUUCGCUGUGCAGGCUUUUCUCGAGGCUGGAGCACAGGACAACCCCGAAUUAGCCGAGUGUCUCCGAUGCGCCCACCAGUUUCUGAAAAUCACACAGAUCCCAGAUAAUCCCCCUAAUUACCAAAAGUACUACCGCCAAAUGAACAAGGGAGGCUUCCCCUUUAGCACCCGCGACUGCGGCUGGAUCGUGGCCGACUGCACUGCCGAGGGCCUGAAGUCCAUGAUGCUGCUGCAGGAGCUGUGCCCGUCUGUCAGAGAGCCUGUGGCGCCGGAGCGCCUGUGUGACGCGGUCAAUGUGCUGCUCAGCAUGAGAAACUCAGACGGUGGGUUUGCCACAUAUGAGACGAAGAGAGGGGGGAGGCUCCUUGAGCUGCUGAACCCGUCGGAGGUGUUUGGUGACAUCAUGAUUGAUUACACCUACGUGGAGUGCACGUCAGCAGUGAUGCAGGCUCUCAGCCAUUUCCACACCAUUCAUCCGGAACACCGGACAGAGGAAAUUAGGACCACUCUGGCAGAAGGGCUCGAUUACUGUCGAAGGGUGCAGAGGCCUGAUGGAUCCUGGGAAGGGUCCUGGGGAGUGUGUUUCACCUAUGGGACAUGGUUUGGCCUGGAAGCCUUCGCCUGCAUGGGGCACAGCUACCAGAGGUCUGAGAAUGCAUGUGCAGAAGUGCGGCGUGCUUGCCAGUUUCUGUUAAGUCACCAGAUGCCAGACGGUGGAUGGGGGGAGGACUUUGAGUCUUGCGAGCAACGACGCUACGUUCAGAGCGACUCGGCGCAGAUCCACAACACCUGUUGGGCUCUGUUGGGGCUCAUGGCAGUCAGGCACCCGGACCAGCAGGUCAUCGAGAGAGGGAUUCAGCUUUUGAUUGACAAGCAGCUGCCCAAUGGGGACUGGCCUCAGGAGAAUAUUUCCGGCGUGUUCAACAAGAGCUGUGCGAUCAGCUACACCUCAUACAGGAACGUCUUCCCCAUUUGGACCCUGGGCCGCUUUGCAGCACUGAACCCCGACAGUUCUCUGACUGGAAAGCUCAAGCGGUGAACACCAGCAUCGGACUGUGCCUUCAAAACAAUAAAUCUUACUGAGUACAUUUCAA